AUGAGUCAAGGGGCUGAGAUAAACAGAGGAAACAAUAAUGGUUGCAAUGCAUUACACUUUGCUGCUCAGAAUGGCCAUCUUGAUGUCACCACAUAUUUGAUCAGUCAAGGGGCCGAGAUAAACGGAGGAAAUAAUAAUGGUGGGACUGCAUUACACAAUGCUGCUUUUAAUGGUCAUCUUGAUGUUAUCAAAUAUCUGUUCAGUCAAGGGGGUGAUGUGAAGAAAGGAGACAAUGACGGCAUGACUGCAUUACACAUUGCUGUUCUGAAUGGUCAUCUUGAUGUCACCACAUAUCUGAUCAGUCAAGGGGCUGAGGUGGAGAAAGGACUUAACAAUGGUCGGACUGCAUUACACUUGUCUGCUCAGAAUGGCCAUCUUGAUGUAACUAAAUAUCUGAUCAGUCAAGGGGCUGAGGUGAAGAAAGGAGAUAAUGAAGGUCUGACUGCAUUACACAUUGCUGUUCUGAAUGGUCAUCCUGAUGUAACUAAAUAUCUGAUCAGUCAAGGGGCUGAGGUGAAUGAAGGAGAAAACAAUGGUUGCACCGCAUUACACUUUGCUGCUCAGAAUGGCCAUUUUGAUGUCACCACAUAUUUGAUCAGUCAAGGGGCAGAGAUAAACGGAGGAAAUGACAAUGGUUGCACCGCAUUACACUUUGCUGCUCAGAAUGGCCAUCUUGAUGUCACCACAUAUUUGAUCAGUCAAGGGGUCGAGAUAAACGGAGGAAAUAAUAAUGGUGGGACUGCAUUACACAAUGCUGCUUUUAAUGGUCAUCUUGAUGUUAUCAAAUAUCUGUUCAGUCAAGGGGGUGAUGUGAAGAAAGGAGAUAAUAAAGGUUUUACUGCAUUACACAUUGCUGUUGAGAAUGGUCAUCUUGAUGUCACUACAUAUCUGAUCAGUCAAGGGGCUGAGGUGAAUAAAGGAGAUAGUGAAGGUCUGACUGCAUUACACAUUGCUGCUCUGAAUAGUCAUCUUGAUGUAACCAGAUAUCUUAUCAGUCAAGGGGCUGAGGUGAAUAAAGGAACCAACAAUGGUUCCACCGGAUUACACUUUGCUGCACAGAAUGGCCAUCUUGAUGUCACCACAUAUCUGAUCAGUCAAGGGGCUGAGAUAAACGGAGGAAAUAAUAAUGGUGGGACUGCAUUACACCAUGUUGCUUUCAGUGGUGAUCUUGAUGUAACCAAAUAUCUCAUCAGUCAAGGAGCUGAGGUGAAUAAAAUCGGAGACCGUGGUUGGACUGCAUUACACAUUGCUGCUUUGAGAGGCCACCUUGAUGUAUCCAAACAUCUUGUCAGUCAAGGGGCUGCGGUGAACAUGAGAGAUGAAAGUCGUUGGGAACCUUCAGACCUCGCUCUUUUAGGGAAUAAUUUUGAUGUUAUCCUGUUUGAUGUUGCCUGCCUCACAUCUUAA